AUGAGCAUAACAAUGUCAAGUAGGACCUUUAACGCCGGGGACCUAAUUUGGUCAGAAAAUGCUGUUGCUUACGCCUUGCACGUUGAUGCCAGCAAAAAUUAUUGUGCUGAAUGCCUGACGCCUGCUAGUCCUCAGCCUCUUUCGCGUUGCUCCAAGUGUCGGCACGUUUUCUACUGCAACCGAGUGUGUCAAAAAACUCACUGGCCAGUGCACAAGCGGGAGUGUGCCUGCAUCGUAUCCACUCCCCCACUGCCAAAACUUUUCUUGUUUUUUUUGAAGAUUAGAAUCUCAUACGUAGAUGCCCUAAUGUCGACAAAAAGUCGCCAAGCGGAGUUGACGUCUGGCUACUUUUUCGUCUGCGACUGCAAGCGGUGCAGAGACUUCGGUCAGGAUUUCGAUUCACGUAUCCCGCCGUGUUGUGGCAAGCGUUUGCGAGGCCCGGUGUCUGAUUUAUCUGACAAUCGAAUGGUUGCAUGGCCUACAGAUGAGGCGCUACUUGCAUCUAGCCUCGCCAAGUACACAACGGUUGCACCUGAAGAAGUCUUAAUCUGUGACGAGUGCCACAAAGCCUACAACUCAGCCAUUUUUGAUGCCUUUGAGCAGCGUACUUCUGAGAUCCACGUCUUGAAAGGUAUGUCCAAUACCUUCCACGUCUCUUCCAUCUUGCCCAGUCUAAUGAAGCCCUCUCGUUGGGUGCCUGUGGUCUUCUACUCACUCCCGCCCGUCUCUUUGUUCCUUUCAGGCGAAGAGCUGGAUCUAGUGUUGGAAGCGGGCCUGCGGUUGAUGGAGUGGCUCCAGACGACCGACUGGAUGCGACGCCGCCUUUUUUACUGCAGCCUGUCCUGUGCGUUUCUUGGCUACCUUGCCAGCGUGAUUUUCGUGUUGCAGGACAAACUGCCGAGGGGUGAGGACGGCAGCGGAGCCGUCACCCUUGAACGUCUGGAACGCUUCUCGGAGGCCUUUGUCCACACAACCCUGGCUGCGGCCCCUUGCAUCAAACUCUUCGCCCCCCAUCUCGCCUCUGUUGCCGAGCAGUUGGCGCGGCUGACUGCAUUUGCGGAAAAUCUGAAUGUACAUAUCUAG